AGUUCGAGUCACCCAAUGUCUCAAUCGAGACACCCCAGGGGCCACUGUCUAAUCGAUAUAUUCAGUUACUUCAAAGGCAAAAUAGGAUUUCGGUGGGAUCGACAAUGGUUAGUUGUGAAUUCCAAAGGUAGGGCAAUUACACAACGAGUUGAACCAAAGCUUGCUCUGGUCCAAGUAGAGCUGCCAAGUGAGGCAUUCUCCGAGGGUUGGCAACCUACUAAGAGCUCAUAUUUAGUGAUAAGGGCUCCUGGUAUGGAUGAGCUAAAGGUUCCCUUGACUAAACCUCGUGAAAUUUCUGAUGGUGUCUCGGUGUGGGAGUGGUCUGGCUCUGCAUUUGAUGAGGGAACUGAAGCAUCAAAAUGGUUCUCCAAUUUUCUUGCAAAGCCCAGUCGGCUAGUGCGUUUUAAUGAAGUAACGGAGACCAGGCCUGUCAACCGUGAGUAUGCUCACGGAUACAAAGUUAUGUUUUCUGACCAGUUUCCAUUCCUCCUGAUAUCCCAGGUUAGUGAAGUUAUAGAUUGUUAGUUUUUGAGAAGAGAAGAAAAACAGAAAAAAUGAAGAAUAGAAAUUGAAUGAAAUGAAAGAAUAAAAAACAGGAAAUGAUAAAAGCUGAUAUGAUGCAGCAAAGAGUGAUAAUUUUCAUUCAUACUGGUGCAUUACAUUUAUAGUAAGAA